AGACAAGUGAGAAAUUUUUAGAAGAAUUUAGCCUUUCAAACAUGACCUGAAAAUGCUUUUUGGCGUUUAGUUCCAGGUGAAACAUAUUCCUGCGACAAGGGGCAAAAUAUUAAUCAUGCAGGUGCACAAUGAUGAGCACACGCAGCUCUUGCCAAAUCACGUAACUGCAGGAAGCAUACUCCCUGAGGCCGAGGAGGACUAUGAUGCGGAUACUGAAAGUUACAGAAGAUCGGCGGGGAGCUAUGGCACAAACGCUACUGAUAUAGAGGCCGUGGGCGAUAAACCGGCCCUGAAGCCGGCUGACACAGAACAAAAACCUGCACGCAGUCUUGCCGGUGUGAUAUCUGUCUUGCUACUUGGAGUUUUUCUUUCCAAUUGCGAUGGCUCCAUUGUUUUGGCAACGAACAGUCUUAUUUCCUCCCAAUUCGAUGACCUGGAAUCCUCGGGCUGGCUUGUCAGCGGCUCCUUACUGGCAACAUGUGCUAUGCAACCGAUCUAUGGAAGAUUCAGCGAUAUUUUCGGUCGGAGAAAUAUGCUCUUAACGGCGUAUUCUCUUUUUAGCAUUGGCGCAGCUACUUGCUGGUUAGGAAACACAAUGUGGUUGGUCAUCCUCGGACGAGCGAUUGCAGGUGCCGGAGCGGCGGGAAUGACUUCACUCGUAUCAAUCCUCAUCACUGACUUGGUCUCGAUGCGCGAGGUAGCUUCAUGGAGGAGUUAUGUGAACGUUGUGGCUACCACUGGGAGAAGUCUCGGCGGGCCGAUUGGAGGGUUUUUGGCAGAUACAAUAGGCUGGCGAUGGUCCUUCUUUUCUGAGAUACCUGUCACGCUGGUUGCCGGCUUUCUCGUAUUUUGUUUCAUAAAAGAGCGGCAGCAAAAGGAUGAAGAGCAAAAGAAUAUACGUGAGAAGCUCAAGUCAGUCGACAUUCUUGGUGCUUUAACACUUGCAUUGACGAUUGUAAACUUUGUGCUCGCUCUGGAUCUUGGCGGCCACAAGUUUCCCUGGACCCAUCCUCUCGUCCUAGGGUCCUUUGGAGCGUCCCUCUUUUUCGGAAUUGUCUUUGUCCUUGUCGAGUCAUAUUGGGCAAAACAACCAAUCUUCCCGCUGCACCUCCUCGUCAAUCGUGAUAUCGCAUCUGCUUACCUGAUCAUGGUUUUGCAGAGCGCAGCCCAAUUUGGAAUGAUGUUUACAAUUCCUCUCUACUUUCAAGUCACAGAGAAUGCGUCUGCCACGAAUGCCGGAGUACAUCUCUUCCCAUCUGUGGCUGGUAAUGCAGUGGGUGCAUUGUGUGCUGGUUUUUUCAUCAAGAGAACUGGACGAUACAAGGCCCUUACCGUGACCGCAACUCUACUAGCAUCUUUUGGCUAUCUUUUGCUUAUUCUUCGAUGGCAUGGCCAUACGAACAUCCUUGAGUCUUUGUAUAUUUUCCCCUGCGGGUUCGGAACUGGUGUCGCCAUGUCUUCCGUAUUUGUAGGCCUUGGCGCUGGUGUCGACACCAAGUUCAUGGCCAUCGCUGCGGCUGGGGUCUAUCUUAGCAACAGCAUUGGAACAGUGACUGGCUUAAGCAUUGUCAAUGCUGUCCUGCAGAGUUGUUUGAAGCCUCGCCUGCAGAAGGGACUGGAUGGCUAUGCGGACAAAGACAAGAUAAUCCGGGAUGUCCUUUCAGACAUUAGUAACAUGAAGCAUCUCAAAGAUGGGGCAAGCCGAAUCGUCGUUCAAGCAUACGUGGAAAGCCUCGAAAAAACACACUUUGUCUCCCUCUGCUGUACCUUUUUCGGCUCCAUUAUCGCCCUCUGUUGGCGCGAACACAAACUUUGA